GGUGCGCCGACUGGAGCAGUGGGAGCACAGUUCGGUUGUAGGAAUGGUCACCCAGGGUCUAUCUUCUGGGUCUCUCGGCGGGGAAGCAGUGCAAAGUGGUGCCCAUGCUUCCCGAAAUAACACAGCCAUGGCAACUAUACUGCACGCUGCACGUAGAGAAGUUUAGGGGCUUCCUUAAGGCCUAUUAGGGACAGACUGGGGCUCUGACAGGCUGUUAGGGAGCUUUUCAAACCCUGGGCGGUCUCUCCAGCGCCAAUCAUCAGGCCUUCCCCGGGUGUCGGUUCCAAUGCUGCGAGUGCUAGUAGUAGAGUCUGCCUCAGCGUCCACAUUGACCUCCACCCACACUCUCCGGCUGACUUCCUCUCACUCCACUUCAUCAAUAAACACACCCUUCACCAUCAUAUAUCUACCAGUUCAUGACAUCUUGGAUUCCGUAGUCCAUUUCCUCCAUCUCCUCACUUCUCGACCUACAACUAAAUCGCGACGGUUCAUCUGUUUGCCACAAUCCAUCUUGUGCGCAAGUAAAGUCGUCGCCCCUUUUGACUAGGUACAAAUACUACACAACGCAAACCAGCUGCACUCUCCUUCUCGGUCGCCGCAAAAGACCACCAAGGUCUCUGCCACCCUGUCGUCCACACGUGCUUUACUUCCAUCGCCUGAGCGAUCAGCAACAACAAUGGAGUCUCCUCGAACCUCUGGUCUCGAUAAUGGCAAGACUGCCACCCCGCCUGUCGGAUUCCGCCCCCAGAAUGGUGGUAUCAUCAAGGUAGAGCCGCCGCGACGCGAGGAUCUGCAGCCUUCGUACGCGCAAACUCUCCAAGGCGACACCGAGGCGGAAACCCACGGGUGGUAUGGUUCAAUGAUCAACUCCCUCGGCAAUUGCCUUGGAUUCAUGGGCGCCAUUCCGUGCUGCGUCAUCUGCCCCAACCCCUACAAACCCGUGUCGCAGGGCAAUGUCGGCUUGGUCACCAAAUUCGGUCGAUUCGCCCGCGCCGUCGACCCUGGUUUGGUCAAGAUCAAUCCCCUAUCGGAACGCCUCAUUCAGGUUGAUGUCAAGAUCCAGAUCGUCGAGGUGCCGCGUCAAGUGUGCAUGACCAAGGAUAAUGUCACAUUGAACUUGACUUCGGUCAUCUAUUACCACAUCACUUCUCCUCACAAGGCGGCGUUUGGCAUUUCCAAUGUGCGACAAGCAUUGGUUGAGCGAACCCAGACUACCCUGCGUCAUGUCGUGGGUGCCCGGGUGCUUCAGGAUGUGAUUGAGCGACGAGAAGAGAUCGCCCAGUCCAUCGGAGAGAUUAUUGAGGAUGUCGCAUCAGGCUGGGGUGUCCAGGUCGAAUCCAUGCUGAUCAAAGAUAUCAUCUUCAGCAAUGACCUACAAGACUCUCUUUCCAUGGCCGCUCAGUCCAAGCGGAUUGGUGAAUCCAAGGUUAUCGCGGCUCGGGCUGAAGUCGAGUCUGCCAAGCUGAUGAGACAAGCCGCCGACAUCUUGAGCUCGGCACCUGCCAUGCAGAUCCGAUACCUUGAAGCCAUGCAAGCCAUGGCCAAGACGGCCAACAGCAAGGUCAUUUUCCUUCCUGCCGCCAAUCAAACGAUGCCUACCAACAUGGGCGACAUUAUUCAACAGCAGCACACAGGUGGUGAAUCUAGCGGUUUCAACUCGAAGCAGAACACGAGCAACGCCUUUAGCACGGAUGCAAAUGAUGGGUUCCAACAAGCCAUGAACGCCAGAGUCAUUGAAAACAUCUAGGCGACCCCGCUGAUGCAUUCCUCAAUGGCUUAAUCAGGGUGCCAACCUCGACCGAGAGAUAUGUUGGGGCUUGCGCAAUGCACCAAAGCGAUAUGGAGGGUUGGACUCUUUUCGAAUGGACCGGAGAUUUUGCUUUGUUUUUCAGAGAUACCCCCGUUACGAGUAUCCAGGCAUUCGCUUGAUGUUGUAUGUAUCAUUACCAUACUUCGGUCCAAGGUGUAGUGCUUCUUUCGAUGGCUUUACCAGGCUGUUGCUGGAAGUGAUGACUUCAAUGAGAUAUUUUCUUGCCAA